AUGUCCGCCGAAGCCGUCGUCAACGGGGGUCCCAAGUCCCGAGCAGCUAUGCUAGAAGAACAACAUGCUCUUGAUGAGGCGCACAAGGUCACGGUGGAGGAUGUUGUGGACGAAGAAGACUUGUUGCACCCCCCUCCCUCGGCUCAGGCGGUUAGCCAAUCCACCCCCAGCGCACCCUCGCAAGCACCGACACCGCCGGUGUCUGAUGCGCCUGUCAACUCGAAGAGUGCUUCCGGAAAACCCCCUACUUUGGAUGUGCAAUCGGAGGAACUAUUCCCUGCCUUGGGAAGUGGGCCCAAGCCAAAGGCACCUGCUGCCUCUGCUUGGGGCGCAAAGGGUCCUUCCGCCGCCGCGGCGCUUGCUAACGGUGCGCCCAGCGGUGUGUCUUCGGUAGAUCUUCCUAGGAUCAUGAGCUUGCCCGGAAAGCACAUGGAGCAGCUUCGACUUGCGCCCUCUCAGAUGCUUCAGCGAGGCCAGUUGAAGAAGCCACUCCGGGACAUCUUGCGCGAUAUCUCCAAACGGUCGAAGGCUAACGUUGAUAUGCGCGGAGGUCCUGGAGGGUCCAUCAUCUUUGAGGGUAGGGGCUCGGUGGACGCUGUGCGCCAAGCGCUCAAGCAGGUGGCGCAGCAAGUCGGAUCUAAGCAAUCUGUCCGUGUCCCAAUCCCCACUUCGGCCCGUCCUCACAUUAUUGGUAAACAAGGAGCUGUUGUCCAGGAACUCCAGCAGCGAACGGGUGCGCGGGUGCAGGUUCCUCGUGCGGAAGACCCAUCUGGCGAAGAGGACGAGGACAAUGACACUAUUGAUGUCUUGAUUGAAGGUGAUGCUGUUGCCGCGGAAAUGGCUCGCCGAGAGAUCGAGGCUAUUGUAAAGGAGCGAGCUUCGAACAUGAACCUACGCCUUCGGUCGAUCCCACCGGAGUUCUUCCCUUUUAUUGCCGGUGCCCACAAUGCAAACUUGAGAGAGAUUGAGGAGCGCACCAGGGCUCAGAUUCACGUUCCUCGAUAUGAUACGUGGCAAAGCCAACCUCCACCGCAGGAAGCUGAGCCUGGCCACGUUCAGUUCACGGCUGCCCCUGAUAGACAUAUCCUCAUUUCCGGAGAGCGCGCCGCGACACAGGAUGCUCGUGCCGAAAUUGAGAAGCUCGCUGAUGACCUUAAGCGCCAACUGACGCUUCGGCAGCUCGCCAUCAACCGGGGUCAGCACCAAUUCAUUCUGGGUGACAACGCCAACGCAUUGCAUGACUUCCUGGCUGAAACUGGCUGUGCUGUCGUACUGCCCCCAUCAUCCGACGAGACUGAGUUUUUGACUGUUACCGGUCCUCUGCAGCGUAUUGAAGACGGUAUCAACCGGGCAAUGGAUCUCGCCACAAGCAUGCAGAUGGCAAGCAUCGACCUCUCUCGACAACACCCCAACGCCCCUGCCGGAUCUAACGCCCACGCGCGUGCGCUUACUCGCUACCUUACCCAGCGACAAAUCAUCAAAGAACUUGAGGGCAUGUACGAUUCUCGGAUUGCCCUGCCGCCUGCUUCGGAUGGUCCUGUUACCUGGGAGGUGUACUCGAGAGACGGCAAAAACACGAUUCGUGCACGCUCUGAUAUCCUGAAUCUCGUCCAGGCGCAUCCUCCUGCCAGACUACGUCACCUUUCCGUUGACCCGUAUUUCCACCCCUAUCUACGCUCUCGCAGCAUCCCCCAUUUGAGGUCAGACUACGGUGUCCACGUCCUUGUUCCAGAGGAUGUUGACAGCCCUGACGUUGUCCUUAUCUACGAAGGUCCUUCGGCGAGCUCACCUCAGCUGGAAAUCCCGCGCCAGCGGCCGUCUGCUGCCGACCUUGCCUCAUUUGAGAAAGCCCUACAAGAAGCGCAAGAGUACCUCCUGAACUCUCUAGGCAGCCAAGAUGACAUUGUGACAAAGUCCGUGCCCAUUCCGAGCAAGUAUCAAGAUAAAGUGCGCAAGUUCAUCUCUCGCGAGCAACAAGCUAAGGGUGAAGAUCAUAUCCCUGUUCGUGCACUCGUCGGUGGUGGCCCGAGCCGCAAUGGGGGAGCCACCCCCCAGAGCGAGGUCGCAUUGCGCGGUCCAUCCCGUCUUGUGGAGGAACUCGCCACUAGAAUCGGAGAAUUUGUCGUUGAACAGGAGAAGGAUGACCUAGAGAGAGGCUACACAACGACCUUUGACUUCCCCAAGAAGUUUGCCAACUUCCUUAUCGGAAAGAGGGGCGAAAACAUCAACAAGCUUCGUGAUGAAUUCGACGUCGAUAUCAAGGUGGAAGAUGGCAAGGUUGAGGUCAAGGGCCCCAAGGCAAAAGCUGAUGCUGCCAAGGCUCGAAUUAUCAACCUCGGCAAGAAGCUAGAGGAUGAGACUACUCACGUCCUCAAGGUCCCUGCUCAGUACCACCGUGAGCUCAUUGGACAGAAGGGCAGCCAAGUCAACCGACUCCAGGACCGUUACUCUGUCCGCGUUCAAUUUCCCAGGGCUGUUGUUGUCAACGACGACCAAUCUGUUGCGGACACUACUAGCGAGGCUGGUAGCGUUCGACCUCAGCGAUCCCAGCAGGCUGCCGACGAGGUGAUUGUCAAGGGUCCUAGCAAGGGAGCAGACGCUGCGCGUGAUGAGAUUCUCAGCUUGCUCCAGUGGGUCGUCGAUCAUUCGCACUCGGCAACAGUAUCUGUGGCCCAAAGCCAGAUUCCCUCGCUCAUCGGCCAGCGUGGGCGCGAAAUGGACAAGCUCCGGGCCGACACUGGAGCUCAGAUUGACGUGCCGGGUGUCAACGAUGCACCUGACGCCUCUGGUCGCGUGGAAAUCAAGAUCAAGGGUACCAAGAAGCAGGUUGAUGACGCAAAGAAGAUUCUGCAACAGCGUUCCAGCGAGUUCGAUGCUACGGUCACGAAGACCAUCAAUGUUGAUAAGAAGCAUCACAAGUCCUUAAUCGGCGGUGGUGGUGCAAACAUUCGUAAGCUUGUUGCGGAAGCUGGUGGUCCCACUGACUCGAGUGCGUCCCGGCUUGUCAGGUUCCCGCGCGCCGAAAGCGACGAUACCACCAUCAGGCUGGAAGGAAAUGGUGAGAUUGUGGACAAGAUCAUCGCCGCUAUCGAACAGUUUGUGCAAGAGCGCGAGGACCAGGUUGUCGUUAACCUUGAGGUUCCUCCCGUACAGCACCGUCUUCUCAUUGGUCGUGGCGGAGACACCCGAAGAGGCAUCGAGUCCCAAUUCAACAUCACCCUCGACAUCCCCAGGCAAGGUUCUGGCCGCUCCGACGUCAAGCUCAAGGGACCUAGCACUGCGGUUGAGCAGGCCAAAGAACACGUUCUGGCCAUGCUCAAGGACCAGGAGGGAGUGAGUGUUGAUGUUCCGAGGCACCUACACCAUGCCAUUGCCGAUAAUGGGUCGUUCUUCCGUCGCCUUCGUAACGACUACCAGGUGACCGUGGACCACGCUGGCCAGCAAAUCCCAACUAAGCCUAGCUUGGAAGACUCGCGCGGCGCUGUCAACGGAGCCUCAUCGCUUCCGUUGAUUACCGACGAACCCACUGAUGCCCUUGACGCUCACUCAUGGAAGGUAGUCGACAACAGCCCUGUUGCUAGCGACCCCAGCCAAUCCGGCACAAUUCCAUGGGUCCUGGCCGGAUCAACGGACAAUGUCAACAAGGCAAAGGCCGCACUGGAGAAGGCCAUCGCCACUUCCUCUCAGCAAUCUGCCACCGGCUACCUCAUCCUCCCUGACCCGAAGACAUACCGCUUCGUCGUCGGCCAGGGCGGCAGCCAGAUCAACUCUAUCCGCAAACAAACAGGUUGCCGAAUCAACGUGCCAAAGGACCAGGCCAAGGGCGAGGCUAUCGAGAUCAAGGGCAGCAAGGAGAACCUUGACAAGGCCAGAGAUCUGAUCCUCGAGGCGGUCCGUGCCGGUUCGAACGGCAACUCAAGGUAA